UUUGUGAGAACUUCUUUCUUGAUUUAUCCUGUUGGUUGAUCAAAAUGAUCAACUCGAUAAAAAUGCCAGUCGUUUGAAUUGAUUCAAUGAAAUUAAACCAGGAAGCAGUUUCUCCCCAUGCUACUAAAUACCCAAAUUUAUGCCUCUAACGCUUAGCUUCACCAGGCAGAGAACGUUGUCCCGUCGGCUAUAUAAGCACCAUCGUCUCCCUGCUCGAUCGAUACAUCGAUAGCACCGACGAUGGCUUCUCCGGUGUCUUCCGAUAUGGCCCUGGCCUUCAUCCUGCUCUCUCAAUUUUUCCUCUUCUUCCCCUACGCUUUAGGGGCCGUGACCUGCGAGGAGCUGCCGAAGGAUGCGUGCGCUUUUGCCAUUUCGUCGGCGGGGAAGCGGUGCCUGCUGGAGAGCAUUCUGCGGGGCGGCGGGCCGACGGAGUACCAGUGCAGGACGUCGGAGGUGGAGGUGGAGCGGAGGAUGAGGGACUGGGUCGAGACCGACGAGUGCGUGCGGGCGUGCGGCGUCAGCCGCGACGCCGUCGGCCUCUCCUCAGACUCCCUGCUGGAGCACGAGUUCGCCGGGAAGCUCUGUUCCGCCGCGUGCUACCAGAACUGCCCCAACAUCGUCGACCUCUACUUCAAUCUCGCUGCCGGGGAAGGAGUUUUUCUACCGGGUCUGUGCGCGGAGCAUAAAGUGAAUCCUCGGCGAGCCAUGGCGGAGCUUCUCAGUUCCGGCGCCUCGCUUGGCGGCGCCGUGGCGCCUGCCCCGACUUCCUAUUGAUUGCUUCUCCAUGCACUAUGUCAUCAAAAUUAACAGUGAUGUUCUCAUUUAUAUUUAGAUUAAUUGUUAAAGUUCAAUAGAUUAUUUUUAAGAACUGUGACGUGGAGGUCAUGCCAAGUUUUUAGUUAAAGUUGGAUAAACUUAUAAUAAAGCUUAGAUUUGAAAA